AUGGCGAUUCAGCCUCCAGAACUGGGCAGAACCUCUGGCUGUGCAGAUAAAAAUUUACCUUCAGAUGGAUCAUGCCUCAACCUCAUUGUCGAGGAGCCCUUGCCUAUUGAACAGAUCCCUGCGGAAAGAGCCUCGGAGCUUGAACGAUUUCGGUCUCGCGAAGUUGUCCUCUACUUGAAUCAACAUCAAGCUGAGGUUUUUCCCUUACUAUUGGAACACAGGGCUGCGGCUCAAGGAUACAUGGGUGACGAAUCCAAUGUCAUUUGGUGCAAACUCGUCGAUGAAGAUGAACGGGACACGCUCGAAGCUCUUCAAGCCCUCAGUUGUAAAAAGCAUCACAUUGUCACCCUGCUUCUCCCUCCCUGUCUGCUUCCUACAGGCCAAUACUUGAUCACGAUACCACCACGAAACCGGGGUGAUUCUGUUCAACUCCUGAUAUGGAUGACAAAGUAA